CUAAAAGUUCACGUUGUAAAGGAAAGAGAUUGAUCCACGUAACGAAAUUCUCAAACAUGUCUCAUACAAUCUUAUUAGUUCAACCUCAUUCCCGACCAGAUACUAGAACUUAUUCAGAUUAUGAAUCCUUAAAUGAAUGUUUAGAAGGUGUAUGUAAGAUAUUUGAAGAACAUUUAAAGAGAUUAAACCCAGAUCAACAGAGUAUAACCUAUGAUAUCAGUCAGUUGUUUGAAUUUAUUGAACAGUUAGCAGACUUAAGUUGUUUAGUGCAACAGAAAUCAUCUGGAUUGUAUGUUCCCCACAAUAAAGAAUGGGUAAAACAAGGAAUAUAUAGUAUGUUGAGGAAACAGGCUGCUAAAUGAAAAGACCACAAGUGGAUCUGAAAGUUUUGUCAAGUAGUGACAAGGAUUUUGUACACCUAUUGAUGUCAUCAGCUUGCAAAUAUUUCAAGAUGAUAAAAGCUAUGGACAAAUGUUUUCUAAAAGACUGAAUGAAAGUUCAUCAUUUCAUGUUUUAGUUAUUUUAAUUUUGUUUACUUUCAUGCAAGGAUCAUGGAAAUCUAUUACAUAUUGAGAUUUUGAUGUGGUAGAGGUAAAAGAUUUUCUUGCUUUUAUAUUAUUUGGCUUCAUGAUGCUGCAACAUGUAAGCUUAUAUAUGGAAUUAUCAUUAUAUGUGCUAAAGUGGUUGAGUAACUGCAGUUUAUUUCUCAAAAAAUGGUCAGUUUUUCUUAAAGGGUUAGAGGUUUUCUGUAACAUGGACACUGAUAGCAUCAAUUUGCACUGUUUCGGAAAAUUGUUUGAUAACGUCACUUAUUGCAAAAUGUGCUUUUAUCACAUAAGGCCCUUCGCAAUAAGUGACAUCAUCAAACACUAAGUUUAGCAGGAACCAGAUGUAUGAUUGAAUUUGGAAUUGUGCAAAUUGAUGCUAUCAGUGUCUUUGAUACACAUAAAAUAUUUAGAAAACCUCAUUACAAUCUCUUCAAGUAUAAUUAUCUAAUACAUUUGAGGCUUAAACACAUAUAUGAACUUUUUUUUUUAAGAGGCCCUGGUGUGGCAAUGAAACCAAUGAAAGUAAAGGUUUAAGUUUUUGACAGAUAUCUCAUGUUGGAAAGCUAUUUUAAGUUAAAACCAGUGGAAUUGUUGUUGGGUGACAAUAUCAAAUCUUAAUGUAGUGUGAAUGGGAAUAGUUCAUUGUGUAUUUUCAUGUUUGUAUAAUUCUAUUAAAUCAUUUGUAUCAAA